CACGUACGGACACUCUAUCCUCACACACACACACACAGACAGACACAAACUGCCGGCCCCGGACUGACUGUACAGAAGGCCGGCAAACAGACCAUCUCUCCACCCACAUCGACACACCACACCCACCCCCUCACGCCCUCAGCUCUUUCUCCCUCUCUUUCAACACUGUCGGCAGCACGUCAAACCCAUUGGGCUUGUCAAUGCCAAGCACCUCCAGUGGCUGACCACCAUACUGCUCCGAGCGGAGCGCUUCAUUCGCAGACGCCUCUCUGUCGAUGGCUUCGUCGUCAUACGGCACCACACCAUCGGGUGUGAGUGCCCUCAGCAAAUCCACCCCGCCCCCAAAGACAGCCGACUUGACCAGCGCCGCCCGCACAGCGUUGUUGAGCUUGGUGAAGAAGCUCAGCGAGAAGGCGAUGCGCCGUGUCCAGGUCUCGUGCUGGUCGUUAUGCGGAAGGCCGGGCCAUCCGGCCAGGAACCCCGCCCACAUUGGCAGCUCGAGGUUGAAGAAGCCCCGGAAGAAUGCCCGCAGGUUGUGCACGUUCUGCUGCAUCAGGAACUCCCCACCGAACACAGUGAACUCCCGCUGACGCCUGAACUGCGCGGGCCACAGAGCGGCGUAGGCUGUGCGGGCGGCACGGUCGGGGGCAAACACGCCGUCGAUCGGCUGACGGAUCUGCACACACACACACGCACACACGGACAGAGGGAUUGACCUCUGUUUUCGUCUGGCUGCAACCAAACACACACACACACACAUACAAACGCACCUCUUUGGCGAUAGCCUCGGCUGUUGGCGCCACUCCCGACAUCAUUCGGCAGAUCAUGUAGCCUGUGGCCGCAUGCACCACCCCUGCCGCACCACCAAAUGCUAUCACCUGAGUGAGCCCAGCCCAACCACACGCGAACACCCCCCACACGACCACAUGGGCAGUUCGUGUCUGUGGGUCAGGCCUGUAAGUCAUCUAGAUACCCACCCGUUGGUUUCGUUUGGGUAUGGCGCCCCCCAUGGGAAUGUAGCAAAACUCCUCCUCCUCAAUCUUCUGCGGCUCGACACCUGAGUGAGCCACAGGCACCCGUCACGAGCCUGUGCUUGUCUGUCGGCCAUGGGUACAGGUGCCUAUCCCGGCUCACCGAGGUAUGCGAGUCUCUUCUUGAAUCUCUCUUUGCAUUCGUCAAAGGACAUGGGCGGCCGCGCCACGAGUGAGGUCUCCUCCAGAAAAAUGCGGCGCAGACCGCUGGCCGACUCGCCGAACGGCAUCACAUCUGGCAGACACGCAAGCCAUGUCGGUGUGAGCUGAAGCUCCGUGUGCCUGUAGUGACUGCAUUAUCUGCUCACAGAGGAAAGUGGGUUCCCUGACGGCCUUGUCAAGGUCGGUCUGCAUGGUGGGCUCUCCCUUCUGCGCCUCAGUGAUGUAGUCGGUCCGGUAGUCCAUGAAGAGCAUCGCCCCCUCGUCAAAUGGGUGCCGCUCACACUCACACAUGAUGCCAUAGGCGAUCUGGAAACCAGGGUCGUGCCUCCCGUCCCGCUCAAUCAGCUUCGACUCGUGGCCAGUGCAGUCCACAAUCAGCUUGGUCCGCAGUUCGGUGCUUCUGCCGUCCUGGAGCCGCACAGAGCUGCCAGUGUCGUCGUGCCGCACAGAUGAGGGGUCGAUAGCAGUGUCAAGCAUGACCACUCCGGCUUGCUGUGCGUGUGCGCGGAGUCGCUGCUGCAGCUUGAUGCGAUUGACGCGGGCGUAUGGCCUGUGGAUGCGGAGGGGUGUGGUGCCGCCAGGGUCGAGAAAGAGGUCAGUCUUCUCCCACCGAUGGUCCAGACACUCAUCCACACCCAACUGAGUCAAACAUGCCAGGCAGGACACACACGGAGAACGGAAGAUGUACGGGGGCCACCGCGAAAUGUCGUGGUCAGUCACUACGUGACACACACCUGCAGCUGUCUUUCCACGGCUUCCCACUCGGCCACCCACACGCCGUAGUUGUUGGGCCACCUCUCGUGUAUCCUCGGGUCAAUCAUCACCACACGCAGGCCGUACCUCUUGGCCAGCACGGCACCCAUGGCAGUCCCAGCCGGACCAGCACCCACAAUCAGCACGUCCGUGUCCAUCGACAGAGGAGUUGCGUCGACAGACGCAUCGGCCUCGUUCGCUGUGGCCGAGAGAGCGGACAAAGGCGACGAUGUGGGACUCAGUGAGUGCCUCCUGAUGCCAUCCAGCCGCCUCCGGAACCGGUGAUCUGGUGAUGGUGUGGCACGCUGAACAUCCUUGCGGCUGGCAGAGGGAAGGCGAAGGGAUGCGGCAUAGUGGGAAGGCGCGAUGAAGAGAGAUGUUGCAGAUGCGACAGCCAUUCUUAUGCACGCCAUGAACGCUGCAAAACGCCAGAUCUGCCGGCCCUCUGCCGCCAUCGGCUCGAC